UCAUGGUGGCAAAUUAGCUUUGUAUAACGGAAUUAGAGCCGAAAGAGAAUGGAAGAUUGGCUUAGUUUGUGGAACUGGUAGUUCAAAAGAACGUUCAAAAGAAACGGAAAAAAACGUAGCUGCGUUUGUUAUGCAUGUCGUGGCAAAGGGCACUUUGCUUAUUCGUGUCUGUCUUUGGAAAAUCGAGACCAACGAAAAAAAGGUUAAGGAUAAUAGUAGAACGUUGAGAGUGAAGGGAAACAUUGGUUGUAUGGAUGAUGAAAUCGUUGGAUAUAUUCAUGCGCUGAACUCGUCGUUAAAGGUGUAA